AUGUACCAUGAUACUUAUAUUUCUCUCUUACAACAAAAAUCUCCACCUGCUACCGAGCUUCAACUUAAGGCCGCUCUAUUACGUCGUGCCAUGACUGACGUAGAACGGAUGUUAAAGCUGGGUGAAGACAGACCUGCUCUCGUUUCUCUGGUACAAAAAGGUUUUGUUGGUGAAGAUCUCUGGAAUUCUUUUUUGAAAGCUGAACAAGAGCUCCAACAGGAUUUAAUGGAUGUUACUGCUGAGGCAGACACUUUUAAAGAAGACUGGAGUCAAACAAUACUUCAUACCGCUAAUCAAAUGGUGCAGCACGAAAAACAUAAAAAGAUCCAGGAACACAUUAAAGAAUUGAAGGAAAAAGAGGAAAAAGAAUUUAAAAAGAGGGAAGAAAGAGAAAAGGCCGAAGAAAUCGAACUUGAAAAGAAAGAGAAUGCUAGACUAGAGAGAGAAAGAAAAAAAGCUGAAGAGGAGUUGUUGAAAAUGGAUGAAGAUCAAAAGAAGAAAUCAACCGCUGGAAAAGAUAAUAAAGGAAAGGGUAAGAAAAAGUAA